GUGGGGGAGGGGAAUACUCUGGGGGAGGGGCUGGUGGGGGGGAGGGGAGGCCUUCGUGUGACACCCCUCCCCCCCCAAAAAAAGGACCAUGGGGUCCCUCUUCUUCCUCCUCCUCUUCCUCCCCGCUGCCGCCGCCGCCCCCCCGGACCUGGAGGAGCCCGAGGAGGAAUACACGGAGUGCACCGAUGGGUACGAGUGGGACCCCGAAACCGAGCACUGCAAAGACGUGGACGAGUGCGCGGGGGGGCCCCCGCCGUGCCGGGGGGCCAUGAAGUGCCUGAACCAUUUCGGGGGGUACCUCUGCCUGCCCCGCUCCGCCGCCGUCAUCAGCCCCGCCCCGCCCGGAGCCCCGCCCCCCGCCCCGCCCCCUCGCCCGGUGCCGCCCCUCGUCCCGCCUCCUCCCGGCCACUGUCCAACCGGCUACAGCCCCGCCCGUGACGGCUCCUGUCAAGACGUAGACGAGUGCUCGGGGCCCCCCCCGUGCCGGCCCAGCCAGGACUGCAUCAACCUGCCGGGGGGGUUCGAGUGCCGCUGCCCCCCCGGGUACCGGCACCUGCACACCGAGUGCGUCGACGAGGACGAGUGCCGGUUCCGGUGGUGCCAACACAGCUGCGCCAACUCCCCGGGGGCCUUCGCCUGCCGCUGCCACCCCGGCUUCCGCCUGGGCCCCGACGGGCGCUCCUGCCUCGACGUGGACGAAUGCUCCAUGGGUGCUCGCUGCGCCCAGCGCUGCCUCAACACCUUCGGCUCCUUCCGCUGCCGCUGCCGCCCCGGCUUCGCCCUCCAGCCCGAUGGGCGGUCCUGUGCCGACGUGGACGAGUGCGCGGGGGGGGGCGCCCUGUGCCAGCACCGCUGCCAGAACAACCCCGGGUCCUUCGCCUGCCUCUGCCCCCCCGGCUAUGGGGUGCUCGGCCUCCACUGCCAGGACCAGGACGAAUGCGCCGAGGGCACCCACGGGUGCUCGGGGGCCGAAAGCUGCGUCAACACCUUCGGGGGUCACCGCUGCGUCCCCCGACAGCUCUGCCCCGCCCCCUACGCCCCCCACCCCCGCACCCCCGGAACCUGCGUCUGCCCCGUGGGGGUCCCCGGCUGCGCCCCCCGCCCGCGGUGGCUCCUCCAUCGCUUCCUGGCCGUCCCCAACGUCCCCGAUGUCCCCGCCGGCCUCUUCCAGCUACGCAGCCCCCCCGGCGCCCCCCAACGCCUUCGGCUUCGGGGGGGCCCCCCCGGCGCGUUCCGUCUGCGGGACCUGUCCAAUCAGAGCUCGCUCCUCGAACUGACCCGCCCCCUGGCCGGGCCCCUCGACCUGGUGCUGGAGGUGGAGCUAAUGCCGCCGGGGCCACGCCCCGCCCCUCCCCCCACCGCCGCCCCUCCCCUCUCCCCUCCCCCACCCGGGGCCCCUCCCCCACCCGGCCACGCCCUGGCCUUGCUCCGCCUCAGCCUCUUCCUGGGGGAACACCCCUUCUAGGGGGCCCCUCCCCCACCCCGUGCCGCCCCUCCCCCACCCGGUGUCACCGCCCCUCCCCCACAACGCGGCGGGUGGGGGGGUGGGGGGAGGGGCGGGGCGUGGGGAGGAGGGGGCGGGGCGCCACCGAACAACGAGUUUG